AUGGAAGCAGUGCCAAUCUGUAAUUUGCCCUUCGGCUACAGCACAACAAGAGACAAGAACAUCACAAAGUUGAAAGUAAAUGGACCGUUGUAUGAUGCUAAGGAGGAAAAUUGUCAUAAUCAGGAGGAGUGUGGAAAGUCGGCAGAGUGUAUGAGGUGGACUUCUCUUGAAGCUGCGUGGACUUCCUGCAACAAUAAAUCCUUUGCUCACGCCCAUCCAAGUAAGGAUAAAUAUAGUCUGCCUUAUUUUGAUAAUUUUAUUUUAGUGGGUGAAGUUCUAGCCGUUUGGAGUACCAGCACGAAGUUCGACGCAAAAGCCAAACAGUUAUCCUUCGGAUUGACUAUAACGAAGGAUGGCGAUUUCAUAAUGGACUUUCGUGGGCAGAAGAUGGACUAUGCCAAAUCGACUAAAAUAGCUCAUUGCCUCCCUAACAAUACGUUCGUAGCCGAGCCUGUUACUUGGAAAAUCAACGGGACAGAGCCAAAAUCGAAUCACAACAACUUGCUUGUCUUCCAUAUGCUUCCACAAGAAUCGGCGCGAAUCAACAGUGGUGACGAAAGCAAUAUAAGGGUAUUUCCUAAAGGACCAGAGUGUGAUGAGCUUUUUAUCAAAUUUCAUACAAAAGACUACACUUUGCUGGGACAAAAGGAUCCACUUCCAACAACAACAACAACGUCACCACUACCGCCAACACAGACCAGGAUCAACACAUCUAAAAGGACUUCAACAUCAAGGAAAAAACCUCCUCAAACCACGACAACACCUAAAACAACAACCACAUCUGAUCCUGGCUCUGGAAACUUCAAAUUCGUUGCCACGACUACGUUCAUUGUUGCUUUUUUUAUAUUUGUUGGCGGCAUCUAUUGUCUUUUUAAUGUCUCCGCUGACUACACAAAGAGUGACAUGCAAUACUUAUUUCGUGGAGAACUUCUCGAUAUAGAGAUCGCGCUUAUUCUACGCCUGGGAUUUUUUGUUACAAGCUUCCUUGCGCUACUUUCUGGCUACUUCAAAGUUAUGGUCUACCACAUGGAUACUUAUACAAUCUACCAGACGCCUCCAUACAUCCACUACUUAAUACCAAUUUCAAUCUUCAUUGGCCUUCUUCUUAUCACUUCAAUCUUCAACUGUUACUACAACCACUUGAAGAAGAGAAACCGAAGGAGGAUUGAGGAACGCAAAGAAGAAGAUCGGAGGGAGGCUCGUCGCCAAGAUGCUUAUGCUAGAUGUGCCCGCAACAUGGCACGAAUGAGGAUGCAAAGGAAGAACGUGAAAAUACUAUAAUCAACCAACUUCAUCUCAA